CGAGAAUUCUGGUUCAGUCCAUCAAUUUUGACUUUUACAAUUUUCCGUUGAAGACCUGAGCUCCCCUCCUGCUCGUUUGACACAUAACGAAAAUGAGCUCUGUUAUGGAAGUAACCCCGCGUCGGGUGUCUCGCAUGUCGAUGCUUGAACAAGACUCUGGCCUCAAUGCGGCCCUACAGGAGCACGAGCGUAAGGCGAAAGAACGUGCUGCAAACCGCGAGCGUCUCGUCGCACUGUACGGCACCCAGUACGCACAGCCCAAGGUCACACUGCCCGCGGAGGAGCCUAUCACUCCUCGUCGCUCCCGAUUUGGCGGUUCGAUCCGAUCCUCGAGUCCCGCAGGAAAGUCACCGGCCAAGCCGGCCAGCCCCGUUGCGUCGAGCAAGUCGUACGCGUCACCAGCCAAGGCAACCGACGAUUUCGAGACGGAGCAAGACGAGAACAGCUUGACUCCGAUUGCCAACCGUCAGCCAGCCUCGAUGGUGGACUUUACUAGCCUGCUGCACCAACACAUUCCUCUUGAUGAGAAGGAGUUUGUGGACGCGCUCAAGCUCGUCUUCGACCAGUCUACUCCCGCUCGUCCUGCCGUGGUUGAAAAAGCUGCUCCUGCGCCAGCACCUGUUGCCGCAGCUCGGCCCGUUUCCCACCGAUUCUCUCGUCAAGUCACCAACUCGACGGCAGAGCACGGGUCGACCACGGUGGAGGCUGCCACGCUUGACACGUCCAAGUUUGCGUAUCGCGUGGAGGCUGCGCUCAACAGCAGCGAGGUCAAUGCUGCCUCGAUUCAAGCGCUGCUGAGCGACGUUCAACGGAAGACCAAUCGUCUCAUGGACUUUGAAACCGGCAUCUUGCCUGUGCUGCGCGGCACAGAAAAGGUGAGCGGCGACGUUGAGUCUGCCAAGAUUGAGCUGGUCCGUAUCCGAUCAAACUUGUUCCGUCUGGCCAAGCUACAAAACGAUCUGAACCAGCGCUUGUCAAAACCCACCACCUUGCCCACUAUUGUCAACCCUGGUUCGCUCGCGCUCGAGAGCAUUGUUCUCCACCCCGCCAUGCUGACAAGAACCGCCCCUGGCACCCGUGUGUUUUGCGUGCUGAGCUCCCGCACUGAAACUUUCUCAACCGAUGCCAUCGACCUCCUCGACCGAAGUGCACUGACGAUUAACGCAAAUGUUGUGUUCAGUCAUGUGUCGAGCAACUUUGAAGUCGCAGUGGAGGUCUUUGCCAUUGUUCCUUCGGCCCCGGUGAAGGUUAGCACACCUACCAAGCUUAAAAACGCCCUCGGCUUUGGAAACAGGCCAUCCCGCUCUGCUACAAGGAGCGAGAACGGUGCUGCAAGCUGGUCGCUCCCCAACAUUCACUACCUUGGCGCCACCUCCUUCUGGCAUUCUCCCGCGACCAUUGCUGGUUCCUCGCAAAUGCUUCAGCUAACACUCAAGGACAACGCACCGCAGCUCAUCACGACUGACAUUGAGGUGCGCGGCCGCAUCUACCUGCAGGAGCACGCCGGAGCCAAGACCACGGGUUUCUUGGUUGUGCAAACGGGAGGCGAGCUGUCUGGCCCUCGCUACUACUCCCGCUUGGAUGGCACUCAGCUGCGCUGCUGGAGGAAUCCUGAGACGUUUGCGCGAUCGGACGAGCCGCUCGCCGAGUGGAACUUGGCUACUGCAGACUCUGUGCACAAGUCCACAGGGAACGAGAAUCCUGGCCGUCAAAACUCGAUGACUGUCCAAUUCCAGGGUCAAGACACACCCACUUUCUUUGUGACUGAUACGUCGGCUGACUUUACCAUCUGGCUGUCGUCCAUUAGCCUGAGCAUUCGCGAGUACAACGACUGGCACUCGUUCUCGUCCAGUUCGUCGAGUGGCAUGGGCUCGCGCACAUCAUCUGUGUCCCUUUUCUGAAAGCUGCGCCAUGACGGAGCUGAUAGCUGUUGUUGCUGUUUUUUUUUUUUGUCUUGAUAUUUCAUUAUUUUUGCUGUCGCUGUCUUUCGUCGAGUUGCCGGCUGAUAUCUCUCUCGUGCAUGCGUUGAUAGUUGUGGUUUGGGUGUGGUGAUGCUUUGUGAUGCUGUUUCUGAAGAACACCGGGAAAAAAAAAAAAAAGUGGU